AUGAAUGAACCAAUCGCCAUAAUUGGAACGGCUUGUCGACUUCCAGGCUCAGCAACUAGUCCCUUCAAGCUGUGGGACCUGCUACGAGAACCCAAAGAUGUCGUCCGCGACUUUCCCCCAGACCGGCUCAACCUUUCCAACUUUUACAGCAAAGAUGGCGAAUCCCACGGAAAUACAGAUGUACAUCGGCGGUCAUACCUACUACAAGAAGAUAUUAGACGGUUCGAUGCUGCAUUUUUCCACAUAAACCCCAAAGAAGCCGCAGGCAUGGACCCUCAACACCGAAUUGUGCUGGAAACGGUUUAUGAGGCCCUCGAAGCAGCAGGUCUGCCACUUAACGACGUGGAAGGCUCACAAACCUCCGUACACGUCGGUGUAAUGACCGAUGAUUACUACACUAUUCAAGCCCGAGACCCAGACACUAUGGAUAGUCAUGCUGCCACCGGGCUAUCCCGCAGCAUUUUGUCGAACCGUGUCUCUUACGCUUUUGAUCUCAAAGGUCCCUCGAUGACAAUCGACACCGCCUGCUCAAGCUCCCUUGUUGCCCUCCACUUGGCGGUUCAAGGACUCCGAAGCGGCGAGGCCACACAAGCUAUCGUAGCUGGUGUUAAUUUAAUCCUCGAUCCGCAUUGGUUUAUCACCGAGUCUUCGCUUCACAUGCUCUCGCCGGAUUCUCGCUCGCGCAUGUGGGACAAAAACGCGAACGGCUAUGCCCGAGGGGAUGGAUGCACAGCCGUGGUUCUCAAAACUCUUAGCAAAGCGAUCGAACAUGGUGACCCCAUUGAAUGUAUAAUUCGAGCAACUGGCGUUAAUUCCGACGGCGCUACCAGCGGUGUCACGAUGCCAAGCUCAGUCUCACAGGCUGCCCUGAUUAGACAGACAUAUCAGAAUGCGGGCCUGGAUCCUGUUAGAGAUCGAUGCCAGUUCUUCGAAUGCCAUGGCACGGGAACCCAAGCUGGUGAUCCAGUGGAGGCUCGCGCCAUUCGAGAUGCAUUCUUUCCAGACAGUCUCCCGAUAACAGAGGAUGUUCCUUUAUACUGUGGCUCAAUCAAAACUAUAGUGGGCCACACUGAAGGUUGUGCUGGACUGGCGGGUCUUCUCAAAGCAUCUCUGGCGAUUCAGCACAGUAUCAUCCCUCCUAAUAUGCAUUUCGAUGAGCUCAAUCCAACUGUAAAGCCAUUCUACACCAACCUCUGUGUGCCAAAAACGGCAACCCCUUGGCCUGAUACUGGAGACAUACCUCGCAGGGCAAGUAUCAACAGCUUUGGCUUUGGUGGCACCAAUGCCCAUGCCAUUAUCGAAAGCUUUGAUUCAAAAAAUCAGAUAGAAACUCGUUUAUCAUGCUCUAUUGGACCCUUCGUCGUUUCAGCAAAAAGUCGCUCUUCUUUGGUCAACUCACUCAAGGGAAUCCUGGACUAUAUUCAUGACAAUCCUUCCGUGGAUUUGAAUGCAUUGGGCUAUGUUCUGCAAUCUAAGCGGAGUGAAUUCUCGCACCGCAUUGCCAUUCCGGCAUCCAAAGAUCGCAAUGCUCUCGCGGAGAAACUUGAGGAACAAGUACGCACCGCGGCAAACUCACCCGUUGAUGUCUUCUUUGGUGUAAGGAAGUUGACUAGUUUGGAAGGCGAGAACCCUCCAGGAAUUCUUGGUAUAUUUACUGGACAGGGAGCCCAAGCAGCUCAAAUGGGCAAAGAGUUGUUGGAAAGCUGCCAAAUCUUCCGCGAUUCCAUCAAGAUGUGUGAAAACACACUGGAAUCUCUGCCCGAGCCUCCAGCCUGGUCACUUCACCAAGAAUUAAUCAGAUCCAAGGAAGAGUCACGUAUUUCCGAAGCAAUGAUCUCUCAACCACUCUGUACCGCUGUCCAGAUUGCACUGGUAGAUCUCUUACGAGCGUCAGGCAUCCAUUUUUCGGCUGUUGUCGGUCAUUCAUCAGGUGAAAUCGGUGCUGCGUACGCUGCCGGAAUCUUGAAUUUGAGUGAUGCUAUCAGCAUUGCAUAUUAUAGAGGUUACGUUGCGAACCUCGCCGAGGGACCAGUCGGCGGAAAAGGCGGAAUGAUAGCAGUUGCUAUGUCAUUCCGUAAUGCCACCGCAUUUUGCUCCGAGCCCCGAUUUGCUGGGAGAGUCAAUGUGGCAGCUAGUAAUGCCCCAUCUAGUGUCACGCUUUCUGGUGAUCUUGAUGCUAUCAAGGAGAUCAAAGUCCAUCUGGAGGGAAAACAAAUCCAAGGCCGGGAGCUCAAGGUUGAUACAGCAUAUCACUCCCAUCACAUGCUGCGCUGCUCAGAACAGUAUCUUAAGUAUCUUAAAAAACUCGACAUCCAGCUACAAAGGCCCACCAAAAGCAGCUGCACCUGGAUGUCCAGUGUGUAUCAUAGCACAGAUAUGAUGCAGCGAAAUCUUCAUGAGCUUGGGCUUGAUGGCUCAUACUGGGUUGAAAACAUGGUACAGCCUGUGCUAUUCUCAGAGGCUGUGGAAUAUGCGGUGAAAAAGACAAACGUCCCCUUCGGUCUCGCUCUCGAGGUCGGACCCCAUCCAGCCCUCAAAGGUCCAGUCAGCCAGAUUUUGAAGUCUCUCAGCGUAGAGUUCUUGCCGUAUGCAGGUUGCCUGGACCGCAAUAUAAGUAGUGCAGAAAAUAUGUCAGCAGCCAUCGGACUGGUCUGGAGCUACCUUGGAAACUCCGCUGUCGAUUUCGAUGGUUGGAGGAAAGCAUUCGGGAUGGCCGCUCACUAUUCGAUGAUGAAGGAUCUGCCCUCUUAUCCCUGGGACCAUGAACAUGUUUAUUGGCGAGAGUCCCGUAUUUCAUACAAUUAUCGACUGGCAAACAACCCGACCAACAGUCUUCUUGGCCGCAUGCGGGAGGACCUUCCAACUGAGAAAACAUGGCGAAAUAUCUUGAAGCUCAGUGAGAUCCCCUGGGUUAGGGGACAUACCUUCCAGGGUCAGGUCUUGUUCCCUGCUGCUGGAUAUAUUACUCUAGCCACGGAAGCAUCCAAGAUGUUUGCACAAGGUCGACUAUUGAAGCUGCUGGAUAUCCGAGAUGUAGAGAUCCCAAAACCAUUGAUUAUUGGGGAAGAUCAAGGUGUCGAGCUUCUCUUCAGCAUUAAGAGUAGGGUCACGCCUGUCAGCGUCCCAGACGGAUCUAUUCUGGAGACAGAAUUCGUUGCAACAAGUUGCGCAGAUGAGCGCAACCCAGUGCAAACGUGUACUGGACGUCUUUUCAUCCAUCUCGGUGUGCCAGAAUUGGGAUAUUUGCCAACAAAUCCCAUAUCGCAGGCAGAGCUCACGCCACUAAGCACAGAAAGAUUUCACCGCGCAGUCUCUGAGAUGGGAUUGGGAUAUACUGGUUCCUUCCGUGCCUUGACUUCGAUGACCAGGUCAUGGGGACAUGCAAAAGCGACGGCCUCAUGGGCCGAGAAAGAGCUUCAAAUUGGUUGUGCUCUGCACCCAGCUAUCAUGGAUGUCGGAUUCCAAGCAGGAUUGGCAACCUUUGUCUCAACCGCUGAGAGAGCAAUGGGAAGCCCAUAUCUUCCAGUCGGCAUUAAACGCGUUAUACUAGACCCCAAUCAGAACUAUGACAGCAUACCUGGAGCGACAACCAUCGAAGUUGAAGCACUGAUGGCUGAAUCUAACAGAAGCACGGUGAAUGUCGACAUCAAUUUUUGUAUCAAUACGGCCAUUGGAAAUGGUGGUUUCCAGGUUGAUGGACUGAUUCUGAAAGCCAUUGCAGAGCCAGAGCCAUCAGCUGACCGAAACCUGUUUGUGAAAACCGUUUGGGAUGUUGAUACCACAUAUGAAAUGACAACACCAUCUGUGGCAGAUCUUUCCCAUAGGGUAUCGACAGACAUGUCCGAUAUAUACGAAAGAAUCACUCUGUAUUAUAUGCAAUAUCUGAUACGCGAAGUUAGCCCGAAAGAGCUAGAAUCGGCAAAGUGGCACCAUCGGGAAUUGGCUCGAUACAUCAACACCACAGUUGCAGCCAUCCGGGAAGGAGGCUGUUCGACACUACCAAAAGAGUGGCUAAAAGACAACCAAGAGAUCAUCGGGGAAAUGCAAAGACUUCACUCUCAUGAUAUUGACGUUGUCAUGCUGACCGCAGUUGGCAAAAAUUUGCCUUCCGUGGUCCGAGGGCAGUCUGAAAUGAUGGAGCACAUGUUACAAGAUGAUUUGCUCAGCAGGCUCUACAAAGAAAGCGAAGGGUUGAAAGCAUGCAAUAAUUAUGUGGCUGAUAUAAUGCGGCAAAUCAGUCACAAGCACCCCAAUAUGAACAUCCUCGAGAUUGGUGCAGGAACAGGUGGUACGACUCUGAGUGUCUUGGAUACCCUUGAUAGUGCAUACUAUUCCUAUGUGUGCACUGACAUAUCCGCAAGCUUUUUCAGUGGACUGGGCGACAAGCUGCCCGUGAAACACAAGCCCAAGGUUGAGUUCAAAGUUCUCAAUGCGGAAAGCCCACCUUCUGAGCAAGGCUUCACUGGGGGUACCUAUGAUGUUGUCAUCGCAGCCAACGUCCUACAUGCUACUCGGAAGCUUUCAGAGACGGUCAAAAAUGCACGCGAAUUAUUGCGACCUGGAGGCUAUCUGAUUGCAGUUGAAGUCACAGGCAAAAUGCUUCGUGAAACAGGUCUCAUGGGAGCUUUGGAAGGCUGGUGGCUCGGUGCGGCGGAGGGAAGAGCGAAUGGUCCUGGUAUUGGUGCCCGAGAAUGGGAUAAUCUACUCCAAGAGAAUGGUUUCUCUGGCAUUGAGUGCAUUGCGUACGACCACCCGGAUGUUUCGAGACACAGCUGCUCUGUCUUUGCAGCACAAGCUGCAGAUGAUCGAUUUGAUGUCCUGCGAGAUCCUCUUGCAUUCACCGACUUGAUUCCAGAAAGCCCUAUCCUUAUCGUAGGUGGGAAAACCUUGGAAAUCUGCAAGUUGGUCCAGCAAGCAAAUAAGAUGCUGCGCCGCUGGUCGUCACAAAUUACUAUCUGUGGUUCCGUUGAAGAACUUGAGCCAAACCUCAUUUUGCCAGAGACGUUUAUACUUUACCUCUCAGAUCUCGAUAAGCCAUUUUUCUCUGAACCUCUCACCACUCAAAGACUCGAGAAUUUGCAGGAAAUGUUGGUAGCAGCGAAAAAUAUUCUUUGGGUGACGCGCGGACGGCUUCUCGACGACCCUCAUGCCAACAUGAUGGUUGGCGUAGGUCGCGCAUUGUCCGUUGAACUGCCCCAUGUGAACAUUCAUUAUCUGGAUUUCGACCAACUGGAGCCAUUGAAGGUUGAGCCGAUCGUGUGCCAAGCUCUUCGAAUGGCGUUCACGUUGUCGUCUGAGAGCAAUACCCAGGAUUUGCUCUGGGCCCAAGAGCCAGAAAUCGUGAUGAGAAAAGGCCAAAUCAUGAUACCUCGCAUUCUUCAGGACCACGCGGCCAACGAGACUCUCAACGCCACCCGCCGCCAAGUCAAGAGGGCUAUCGGUCCCGAUGAGAGAAUCGAGAUUUACCAUGACGCCACUGCAGCUGGUACAAUCUUGACCAAAGGCGGCGAGCUUGAGGUCAUUAUAAAUCACGUGGAAAUCGAAGUCGAUAUGUCUUUGGCAUUGCAUGUUGAUGAUGAAGCUCCUUGCUUUGUACUGUUCGGCCACUUGCAAGGCUCUGCGGCUAGCGUCUAUGCCUUGUCAGAAAUUGACGCGUCGACUGUGGCUGUCCAUGAGAACGCUGUCUUUCAGCCUCCGACGUCUGAUAUCACCGACACCAAAACACUCCUCGGGGUAGCUUCCUCACUGAUUGCAUCCUGCGCACUAUCGAGCGUGAGUGGCAGGGGAACCACCCUGGUAUUUGGAGCAUCUCAAAACAUCGAAGAAGGAAUUUGGAAUGUGGCGAACCGGAAAAGACUCAAAGUGUUGUUUAUUAACGUCACCACCACUCAGAAGAUUGAGCGACCAGGUUGGUUGAAUCUGCACCCACAUGCAGCGCACCGUUGUGUCAAAAGCUCGAUACCACAAGAUGCAUCUACUCUGCUCAGCUUAUCCAAUGAUGGAUUAGGGAUCAUUCUGGAGUCCCUGCCCAAGCAUUGUACCUUCCAGACUUUUGAUCCAGUCACCAUUUACCAAAGACCUAUUAUGAACGCCCUUGAAGAAGCCUACUAUCUGCAUGACGCCUCCGCUGCAUCAUUUAAAGACUCAUUGGAUGGUCAAAUUAUCAGAAUCCAAGAAGCAAUCCAAACGCUUCCAGUAUCCAGAGCCCGUCUCUCGGCUGUGUUGGACUGGAGACGGGAAGGGCUUGUAGAUGCUGUCGUUCCACCCCUAGAAGCACGAAAUUUUUUCUCUUCGACGAAGACCUAUUUCCUAGUAGGUAUGGCAGGUGAACUUGGUCAGUCACUUUGCCGCUUUAUGGUUCGAGGAGGCGCUAGAUACAUCGUUCUGGGCAGCCGCAACCCUACCAAAGACCCGCAUUGGCUUCAGCCACUCAGGGCGAAUGGUGCUGAUAUUCGAAUCGUCAAAGUGGAUGUGACAGAUUUACCACAGCUACAAGAGACAGUUGCGCUGAUACGGAAAACAAUGCCCGAGAUUGGAGGUGUCGCGAAUGCUGCUCUUGUCUUUGAGGCCGGAAUCUUCGCCAAUUUCUCUGCCGAAAAUGUUACAAAACAGCUCAGGCCAAAGGUUGAUGGUUCGCUCAACAUGGAUGAAGUUUUCAAAAACGACAACCUUGAGUUCUUUUUGACAUUUGGCUCUCUGGCCACCGUAUGUGGAAACCCUGGCCAGGCCAUGUACCAUGCGGGCAAUCUAUUUAUGGCAAGUUUGAUGGAACAGCGGAGGCGUCGCGGUCAGGCAGCCUCUAUAUUAAACUUCGGCUUGCUGGUGGACGUCGGAUAUGUAGCAAGGAAAGAUCGUGACGAUGGCUCAGACAUUGAAGGAACUCUUCGUUCGUUGCUGCUGACCCCUCUGUCCGAAGCAGAGUUUCACCAGGUCGUUAUGCGGGGUAUCAUCUCAGGUCGGCCAGGAUCACAGACUGGAGAGGUCGUUAUGGGAAUGGAACCUUACAUUGAUGAUGGCAACAUGAAGGCGCGACCACCAUGGGUAGAAAAGGCAUUCUUCUCUCAUAUGAUACGCAAACCCGUUGCCUCCGACAGCGCCAGCUCUGUGCCUUCGGUGUCAUCAUCAAUGCAGCACUUACGAGAAGAGCUGGAAAGCGUUGAAAGCCUCCCUGAGGCAAUAAAAGCUGUGCAAAAAAUGUUUUACAAAAAGAUCGAGAUGAUGAUUAUGGUGCCGAAAUCUUCAGUUGACCUGCAGUCUCCAAUGGUAGAUUUGGGACUUGACUCUUUGCACGCCAUCGAGAUCCGCAAUUGGUUACGCAAAGAUAUGCACGUUGAGUUCCCUCUCCUCAGAAUUCUUGGCUCAGAACCACUUUCUGCUAUCUACACAAGUGUUGCAGAAUCAUAUAUGAACGCCAGAAAGAAUGGAAACCAAGACGCCGUAUCAGCUGUUCAAUCUGGUAGUCAAUCUCUGGCGAUUAAGCCCCAUUUACCGCCAGCAUUCAGAAUGCAACAGGCCCAGAUCAGUGAGGAAGGUCAGCUAUUGUCGCCACAAACAUCCAAUUCAGGUUCUCAACUACCUUCUGAAGACGAGCCGCCGUCGCUUGACAGUGAUUCCAUCACUGAAUCAUCAAUUUCUGUAGCCUCAGUUAGAAAGUCAGACGCUGAUAUCCAACUUCCUGACCUGGAAAAAGCACGUUUUCUUUUGAAAUAUUCCCGCACCCAGCGCUUAUCAUACGCGCAAUUGGGAAUCCACUUCUUGCACACGUUCUUGGAUGAUCCAACCAAUUUCAAUGUUACCACCCAAUACACGAUCCGUGGACAUUUGAACCCAAGAAGACUAGCUCGAGCAAUCGAAAAGGUUCUAGGUCACCAUGAAAUCUACCAAACUGCUUUCUCUAUUGAUGCUGGCGACCCAGAGGUCAAGCAGCAGGUUGCUAGCAAUGUUGAAUUGAACCGGCUCACUCAGGUUAGCUCCACAAAAGAAGAGGCGGAGCACGAUAUUCGUCUCGCCUUUGAAAAGGUUGCCAACUCUACAUAUCGACUUGAUGUCGCAGAGUCCUUCCGUGCCGUUCUUAUCUCACACGGUCAGGACUUGCACACCGUGGUCUUUGGAUUCCAUCUGAUUUCCAGCGAUGCUUUUAGCUUUAGCAUUUUCCUUCGUGAUAUUGAUCUUGCAUAUCAGAUGCUACCACUUUCGCCAAACCCAGGGUCAUUCUUGACCUUUGCCAAGCAUCAAUAUGAAGAUGUAGUCACUGGAAAACUCGAGAGGGCCAUUCAAUACUGGAAAGAUCAACUCAGUCCGCUUCCAGCUGAUCUCCCAUUGCUGCCAUUUGCACAUGGAAAGAGCAGACAGCCGCGCCGGGUGUAUAGAAACCACAUUACCGCCAAUGAGCUGGAUCCCGACUUGGUCGCUAAGGUCAAAACGUUGAGCCAAAAGUGCGGAGCGACUUCAAUGCAGUUCUACUUGACAGUGUUCCAGGCUCUAUUGGCAAAUCUUACUCAGUCUGAAGAUAUUUGCAUUGGGGUUACAGACAAUGGACGCGGCCAAAGUGGCCAAUACGCGGAUGCUGUUGGCCAUUUUGCGAACAUUCUGCCCAUGAGGUUUCAUACGCGUCGUGAUGUGAGUUUUGGCGAGCUCGUAAAAGGUACUUCGAAUACUGUGUUGCGCGCGUUCGACAACGCUCUAGUUCCAUUCGACGUGCUACUGGAGAGGCUCGGCAUUGGCAGAUCGUCUUCGAGUACACCACUUUUCCAAGUUGCAUUCAACUAUCGAGUGGGUGACAUCCUGCGAAGACCUUUGGGAAAUUGCGUUAUGACCAUGCAGAAAUAUACAGAUGUCAAAACUCCAUAUGACUUGACCAUCAAUAUUACGCAGACUGGCACAGGAAGCCAGUCAGUGGAGUGCAUCACAGCUGACAGCUUGUACUCCUUUGAGGACACCGAGAAUAUCUUGGGCAUCUUCAGUAGCAUAGUGGAGAGUGUCACUCAAGACCCAUCGGCCAGAGUCGAAGAGUGCAAGAUGUUCAAUCCUGCGCAGGUGGAAAAGGCCAUUGAACUUGGAAGAGGUCCAAAUGUGGACUACGAGUGGCCCAAGACGCUACCCGAAAGGUUCAAUGAGGUUGUUGCUGCGUUUCCCGACUCAGUGGCAAUCAAAGACGCUCACGAGUCAUUGACAUAUAAUGAACUCUCUCGCCGGGUUAUGUUUUAUAUCUCCACACUACUGGUGAGAGGUCUUGAGUCUGGGAGUCGUGUCGCAGUGAUGUGUGAGCCAGGUGUUGACAUGUACGCAAUGAUGCUUGCAAACCUAUUCAUUGGCGCCGUCCACGUACCUUUGGACACCAGCCUGCCAGCUGCACGAUUACAGGCCAUGAUCACUGCCUGUAAGCCAGAUCUCAUAGUGUUCCACGAUGCAAAAAGUCAGGCCACAGGACAAUGUUGCGGUGAACUUGAGAUUUCGAUGCUUAACUUGGGGAAGGUCCCUGGUCUUUCUCAAGGUCACAGUGCUCCAGGUUCUGUUCAUAUCCCAGCUACUGAGGGCAGCUUCAUCCUCUUCACAAGUGGCUCAACCGGAACGCCUAAGGGUAUUUGCCUAGGCCAACAUGGUAUCAUGAACUACGCUGCCUCAAAGAGAUCAGCUUUAGGUCUAGGUCAACUCAAGAUUCUGCAGCAAACUUCCACUGGCUUUGACAUGGCCAUCGCGCAGGCAUUCAAUGCUUUUGUUAAUGGGGGAACUCUCGUGGUUACGCCUUUGCAGUCUCGGGGUGACCCUAGUAUGAUUUCUCAAAUCAUGCUUGACGAAGAAAUCGAGUUCACCCUUGCGACACCCUCUGAGUAUCUCAUGCUUGCCAACUUCGCCGCAGACACAUUACGAAAAUGUACUUCGUGGCGCCAUGCUUGUUCUGGAGGCGAGGCAAUUACAGAGGGACUCGUUCACAACUUGCGACGUCUUGAUCUUCCCAAUCUCAUAUUGACUGAUUGCUAUGGUCCCACUGAAAUAUCCUGUGCAGCCACCUUCCAAAGUAUUCCACUUGAUGAUGAUCUCCCAAGCUCAAUUGGGAGGUCCAUUCCAAACACUGCCAUAUACAUCCUCAAUGAGAGUGAUAGCACUCCACUGCCCCCGAAAAUCCCUGGUGAGAUAUGCAUUGGAGGUAUUGGAGUCUCGCAGGGGUAUCUGGAUCCUGCUUUGAAUGUGAACAAGUUUGUUACUAACCCAUUCGCGACACCCGAAUAUAUGUCCAAGGGGUGGUACAUGAUGUACAAGACGGGCGAUCGGGGUAUUCUUCAACCAGAUGGGUCUCUCAAAUUCCUGGGUCGAACUGAUGGGGGUGGUAUGGUGAUUAAGCUGAGAGGUCUCCGAAUUGAUCUGACUGAAGUGUCAGAAGCUAUCCUAGCAGCAGACCCUGGUGGAAAUCUCGCCGGUGCAGCUGUCACAGUUCGUGGCGAUCCCCAAUAUCUUGUUUGCCACGUGGUGACGGCGAAUGGGCGGAAUCCAGAGCAAGCGGUUUUGGACGAUAUUCUUCGCCAAGUUGAACUGCCACGUUACAUGAUACCAUCUGUCAUUGUGCCAUUGGAGCAGCUGCCAUCAACGCCAAAUGGAAAGGUCGACAGAAGGGCCUUGCAGAAGCUUCCUCUGCCAUAUUCGCCAGCUGAUGGUGAAAAGCGACGAUGGAAUUUAACAGUUCCCCAAGGAGAACUGAGGGCUAUAUGGAUAGAUGUCCUAGGAGAGGCUGCCAUGUCUAGCUCCAUUGGCCCAGAUUCUGAUUUCUUCAUGGUCGGUGGAAGUUCCCUACUACUUGUACACCUGCAGAAUGCGAUUCGUGAGCGAAUUGGCGUCUCGUUGUCGCUCCAAGAGCUUUAUCAAUCUGCUACCCUACGAAGAAUGGCAAAUGCCAUGCACAAGGAGCGCGGUCAACUUUCAGACGACAAGAUUGAUUGGGAUGUCGAGACAGCCAUUCCAACUUGGGUGUAUGAAGCUGCAAGACAGUUCUUCCCGUCCACAGUACCAUCCCAGAAACGUCAAGUGAUACUUACUGGCUCAACAACUUUUCUCGGUGGUGAGAUUCUUCGACAACUGAUCGAAAACGUGAGAGUCUCAAAGGUUCACUGCAUCUCAGUACUGGAUGGCGAGCGAAAAAAACUUCCCUCAGAAGACAAGGGCAAACUUGUCAUCUAUGCUGGCAGCGUGCUAAGUCCGAAUCUGGGUUUGUCGAAGGAUGAAAUCAUUUUUCUUCAAUCCAACGUAGAUCAAAUUAUUCACGCAACAGUGCAGGGACAUUGCAUGAACAACUAUACCACAGUCAAGCAAGCACUCUAUGCUUCCACGCAAUCCCUGAUUGGACUCAUUGCAUUACCUAGAAAGAUUCCUUUCCACCUCAUUUCGGCACCACGGGUAACCCUUUUGUCAGGAAAAACUGAAGGACGGCCUGUCUCUAUGCGGGACCAUCAGCCACCAUCGGAUGGCUCCCAAGGCGUAACUGCCUCGAAAUGGGCAAGCGAACGCUUCUUACAAAACGUCAAUCAAGAAUUGGAUCUUCCGGUUGUAAUCCAUCGGCAUUGCGCAUUGAUUGGCGAGCGAGCUCCAGCUGAUGAUGUGAUGAACUCGGUGGUUCGCUUUUCGCUAUUGACUCACAAAGUCCCCAAUAUUCCAGAAACCGAAGGCUUUUUCGACUUCAAGGACGUCGUGGAGGUGGCCUCUGAAAUUGCGGGUGGGCCACUGGCAGUGCCUGGCCCAGUUCGCUUUCAGCAUCACAGUAGUAAUGUGCGAGUGCCAUUUGGUCAGUUUGCACAGCGGCUGAGGGAGAUGCACGGAGGAGAGUUUGAAGCGGUUGAUCCAGUAGAAUGGCUCAAGGCCUCUGCGGAGGUUGGCAUGCAGGAGUUACUUGUGAUUCAUUUGCAAGCGAACAUGGCGAGUGGACAGCCCAUGCUGCUCCCGUAUUUGGGCACAUAG